AUGCCGGGGCGCAAAUCGAAAGCCACCCCAGAAAACGUGUCUGCAACUUUAAAUGAAAUAUCGAAACUAGGAUUUACGGAAGUCAUCAACCAACUUAAAAGUAUUUAUCAGCCCAUAGUGAAUAAACGCCCACUUAACCAACAAGAAAGUUACACAAUAGAUCAGUUAAUACAAAGAAUAACUGACAUUCAUUUAUGCUGUUUAGACAAAUACAAUGUGGUACAAGAAGAUAUAGUUAAACUACAAGAGGAUAAAAUUCAGCAUCAAUCACAACUAAAAUCAUAUGCAAAUGCUGUCAAAGCUUCAAGAGUAAAAGUUCAUAACCAGCCUGGCCAAGCACAAAAAAGGGAGACAUUAAUAUUAACUCCAGGGAUUAAAAACUCGCAAGUGGACAGAAAUACUGUCAGAAGUCACUUAGAAGCUGUUCUAAAACCAGCAGCCAAUGGUAUCAGGAUCGACUCCUGUCUAGUGCAGAAAGAUGGGAAAGUCAGCCUACAAUUAUCCAACACUGCCAGUGUCGAUAAAAUUAUUAAUCUCAUCAAUAACAAUCAUGACUCUGAAUUCAAAUUUUCGGCAAGCAAGAAAACUAAGAGAAAGCCUUUAGUUCAAAUCCACCAUGUGUGCUCUAACUUAAAUAAAGAGGAGUUGAUUAACACUGUCACUGCACAGAAUGACAACUUAAAAAAUAUACUAGAAGAAAAAGAUCAAAUACUACAACCACUAUUCUCCUUCAGAUCCAAGGCAGACUCUGCUCAGGAAAAAACAUGGGUUUUCUUGACCUCACCUCAAGUUCAUCAAAGUUUACUGAAAAACAGAAGGGUGUAUAUAGGACUUAGAUCUCAUCAAGUCCUCAACUACUUAGGAAUCAAACAAUGCUACAACUGCUGCAAAUUUGGUCACAUUGCUUCAAAAUGUGUACCGGAACAACCUGCCUGCUCACACUGUGGAGUAGAGGGUCACAGCUAUAGAACCUGUGUGGAAAAGACCAAGUCCCACUGA